CCAGACAACCCCUCACUCGGGCCUGCGCUGCGGCGCGGCCCCCUGGCCUCGGAAAUUCAGUCUCGGGCCGAGGUCCGGCCGUUGGACUAGGAGCAGUUGCGGCAGGCGGUGGGAAGGCUGCCCGGGCUGAGGCGCUCGUGGGUGUCCACCAUGGCGGCGACGGUUCGAGCCGCGGGAAUUCUCCCUGUGCUGUGUGGCGCGUCAUCGGGUCAUUUAUGGUCCAGGCAACUUUACCUAAACAGCUUUCCAACAGCUUCCAUUUUGGCAUUGAAGACUGUUCCCAGCAAUGGCUCUUUGUCAUCUCCAGGAACCAGAGACAACCGUCAUUUUAUCAGCUUGACCCAUGCGCUACAGACACAGUGCCGUAUUUCUUCUCCCAGUAACUUGAUGGGCCAACAGUAUAGAUUCUAUAGUUUCUUCACUAAAUUGACAGCAGAUGAGCUGUGGAAAGGUGCCUUAGCAGAGACUGGUGCCGGAACAAGAAAAGGAAGAGGCAAAAGAACUAAGAAAAAGAAAAGAAAGGAUUUGAACAGGGGUCAGAACAUCGGUGAAGGGCGUUGUGGCUUCCUAUGGCCUGGUCUGAAUGUCCCUCUUAUGAGAAAUGGAGCUGUGCAGACCAUUUCCCAAAGAAGCAAGGAAGAGCAGGAGAAGGUAGAGGCGGAUAUGGUCCGGCAGAGAGAAGAGUGGGACUGGAAGAGGAAGAUGAAGGUUAAACGGGAGCGAGGAUGGAGCGGAAACACAUGGGGAGGCGUCAGUCUUGGCCCCCCUGACCCUGGUCCCAGUGGAGAAACAUAUGAUGAUUUCGAUACCAGAAUACUUGAGGUGAGGAAUGUUUUCAAUAUGACAGCAAAAGAGGGAAGAAAGAGAUCGGUCCGUGUCCUGGUUGCUGUGGGGAAUGGCAGAGGAGCUGCAGGUUUUGCCAUUGGGAAAGCCACUGAACGGGCAGAUGCCUUCAGAAAAGCAAAGAACAAGGCAGUUCACUAUUUGCAUUAUAUAGAACGCUAUGAAGACCAUACAAUAUACCAUGAUAUAUCUUUAACAUUUAAAAGGACGCAUAUCAAGAUGAAGAAACAACCCAGAGGCUAUGGCCUCCGCUGCCACCGGGCCAUCAUCACCAUCUGCCGGCUCAUUGGCAUCAAAGACAUGUAUGCCAAGGUCUCUGGCUCCAUCAACAUGCUUAACCUCACCCGGGGCCUCUUCCACGGGCUCUCCCGCCAGGAAACCCAUCAACAGCUGGCUGAUAAGAAGAGUCUCCACGUUGUGGAAUUCCGGGAGGAAUGUGGCCCUCUGCCCAUCGUGGUUGCCUCCCCCAAGGGGGCCUUGAGAAAGGAUCCGGAGCCGGAAGAUGAGGUUCCAGAUAUCAAACUGGACUGGGAAGAAGUGAGGGCCGCACAGGGUAUGAAGCGCUCUGUGUGGUCAAAUUUAAAGAGAGCCGCCACCUAGGCCUCCCUCUGGCCUGGCUCAGCCUGGCAUCUCUUGCUUCUGGCACCUGGGAGAGACUCAACCCUUCACACUUCGGAUUGUCACUUUUUUUUUUUUUUUUUUUUUAAAGGAGAGGCCAAGCUUACAUUUCUUUAUUUACAAAUAAAAAUAAUUAUAGAUUUAA